AUGAAUCCAGCAAAUCAUUUCCAGGUGGCAGGAUUUGUUCUACUGGGGCUCUCUCAGGUUUGGGAGCUUCAGUUUGUUUUCUUCACUGUUUUCUCUGCUGUGUAUUUUAUGACUGUAGUGGGAAACCUUCUUAUUGUGGUCAUAGUGACCUCCGACCCACACCUGCACACAACCAUGUAUUUUCUCUUGGGCAAUCUUUCUUUCCUGGACUUUUGCUACUCUUCCAUCACGGCACCUAGGAUGCUGGUUGACUUGCUGUCAGGCAACCCUACCAUUUCCUUUGGUGGAUGUCUGACUCAACUCUUCUUCUUCCACUUCAUUGGAGGCAUCAAGAUCUUCCUGCUGACUGUCAUGGCAUAUGACUGCUAUGUUGCCAUUUCCCAGCCCCUGCACUACACGCUCAUUAGGAAUCAGACUGUCUGUGCACUCCUCAUGGCAGCCUCCUGGGUGGGGGGCUUCAUCCACUCCAUAGUACAGGUUGUAUUGACUAUCCAGGUGCCAUUCUGUGGGCCUGACAAGCUGGACAACUUUUACUGUGAUGUGCCUCAUCUGAUCAAAUUGGCUUGCACAUAAGAUACCUUUGUCUUAGAGCUUUUAAUGGUGUCUAACAAUGGCCUGGUGACCCUGAUGUGUUUUCUGGUGCUUCUGGGAUCCUACACGGCACUGUUAGUCAUGCUCCAAAGCCACUCAUGGGAGGGCCGCAGCAAGGCCCUGCCCACCUCUGCCUCUCACAUUGCUGUGGUGACCUUAAUCUUUGUGCCUUGCAUCUACAUCUAUGCAAGACCUUUUCAGGCAUUCCCCAUGGACAAGGCAGUCUCUGUGCUAUACACAAUUGUUACCCCCAUGCUGAAUCCUGCCAUCUAUACCCUGAGAAACAAGGAAGUGAUCAUGGCCGUGAAGAAGCUGUGGAGGAGGCAAAAGGACCUUAUUGGUCCCCUGGAGCUCAGACCCUUACAUUAG